AGUUUUCGAUAUUUUGCAAAUUUAAAGAUAUCAAUUGAAAGUAGCUGAAACCAUGCCUUAUUUUAAGUUAUUUAGCAUCAAAUUUUUGAAAUGGUUCUCAGAAAAUUACUUAGACAGCUUAGACAUAUCUUUUUUAUCUUCAAGAAUCUCAAAUCUCAGGCAGAAUAAGGUUGAUCAUAGAUCAAGAUCUGAUGACAAUGCCAAUAACAAAGAGAAUCGAAUACGAUAUACUUUGGCCCCAAGUCGUCAAGACCUGUAAAAAAAAAAAACAUUUGGAUUCUACUUGGACACUGAGGUUCAUCAAAGAACAUUCAUUUAAGUCAUUGACUGUUUUGGCUCAUCUACUAACAUCUGAAGUCAAAGGAACAGUCACCUUUUGAAGAUAUGAUAAGGAAGAAGUAAGAUUCUGCAGACAACUCUUACAACAGAUAUCAGUACCAAAAGAACAGACAUGUUCUCAGUUCCUGACAGCUACCUCCAGCUGGAUGAGGAUGAGGGCGACCUGAUUGACCUUCCUCCAGAGGUUCUGUCUGCAAUUGAUCAGGUCCUUCCGAGUAACGAUCCGCUGGACCGUCCCGACUUUGACGUGGUCGACUACAUCAACCAGCUGUUCCCUAACGAGCAGUCGCUGAGUAACAUCGAUGACGUCAUAUCGUCGAUGACGGAGCGAGUGCGCGUCAUCGACCAGGAGAUCAGAAACGUGGUGCGCGGACACACCAACUCCGGACAGGAUGGUAAGCGGGCUCUGGAGGAGGCGCAGAAGUCGAUCGUGCAGCUAUUCAACAAGAUCUCCGAGAUCAAGGGUCGCGCCGAACAGUCUGAGCAGACGGUCAAGGAGAUCACGCGCGACAUCAAGCACCUGGACCAGGGCAAGAGAAACCUGACGGCAGCCGUCACCACGCUCAACCACCUGCACAUGCUGGCCGGCGGCGUCGACACGCUCCAGUCCCUGAUCUGCCGGCGCCAGUACGGCGAGAUUGCCAUGCUGCUGGAGGGUGUCAUGAAGGUCCUGGAACACUUCGACAAGUACAUGGACAUUCCACAGAUCAAGGAGCUCGCCGAUCAGGUGCACAAGAUCCGGACCGACUUGGCAGAGCAGAUCACCAGCGACUUUAAGGAGGCGUUCUCGGCGGCCAACUCCAAGAAGGCCAUCCCCAGUCAGCAGCUGGGAGAGGCCUGCCUGGUCGUCAACGUUCUGGAGCCCAAAGUCAAACGGGAGCUGCUGCGCUGGUUCGUCUCGCUCCAGCUCGCCGAGUACACACACCUGUUUGGUGCCAACGAGGAGUCCGCCUGGCUGGACAAUAUCGACAAACGCUACACGUGGCUGAAGCGGCACCUGAUCGAGUUUGAGGAGCGCUUCGGCCGCCUCUUUCCGCCCGAAUGGGAGGUCUCUGAGCGGAUCGCUGUCGAAUUCUGCCAGGUUACACGGUCGGAACUCUCAGCCAUCAUGGCCCGGCGUGUCUCCGAGAUGGACGUCAAGCUCCUGCUGUUCGCCAUCCAGCGCACGGCCAACUUUGAGACGCUGCUGUCACGUCGGUUCUCCGGUGUGACGCUACAGGACCGCCGGACGGCCGCUGCCGCCGCCGAGCCGGCCACGCCGAAGGAGUCGACCAACCCUUUCGGGGAGCCGGAGCCGGAGCCCAAGUCGACGAACCCGUUUGAGACGGAGGAGGACGCAGCCGAGACGGAGAAGUCGGUUCCCGCCCCGCCUCCGCCGGAGCCAGCGCCGCCGCCCUCCGAUCCGUUCCAGGGUCUGAUCAGCCAGUGCUUCGAGCAGCACCUCAACAUCUACAUCGAGAGCCAGGACAGGAACCUAUCGGACCUGAUGGAGCGUUUCAGCCAGGAGCUGAAGGCCAAGGGCUUCCCGAGCGCGGCCGCCGAGAGCUCGCUGAUCCUGCCCAGCUGUGCCGACCUGUUCAUGUUCUACAAGAAGUGUAUGCUGCAGUGCUCGCAGCUGAGUCGCGGCCGACAGCUGCUCGCUCUGACGGCCGUGUUUCAGAAACACCUGCGCGAGUAUGCGCUGAAAAUUCUGCUCGCCAACCUGCCCAAGCAGACAGUUAGCGGGGCCACGGGCGGCUCGUCCGGUAAGACUCUGCCGAUCGACCUGAAGGACCUGUCGAACCUCUCCAACCUGCGCGACAUGGCCACGGCCGGCUUCCUGCACAACUUCCAGAACCUGAUGAAGGAGGGCGAGAUACAGCGGCUCACCAGGGACGACCUCGGACGCGUCUGCAGUAUCCUGACGACGGCCGAGUACUGCCUGGACACGACGCAGCAGCUGGAGCUGAAGCUGAAGGAGAAGGUGGAGCCCACUCUGGUGGACCGUAUCAACCUAGGCGGAGAGCAGGACGUCUUCCACAGCGUGAUCGGCAACUGCGUGCAGGUGCUGGUGCAGGACCUCGAGUCGGCCUGUGACCCGGCGCUCGUUACCAUGACCAAGAUGAGCUGGCAGAACGUGGAGUCGGUGGGCGACCAGAGCGGCUACGUCAGCAUCAUCACCGGACAGCUGAAGACCACCGUGCCCGUCAUCAGAGACAACCUGGCCGGGUCCAGAAAGUACUUCACGCAGUUCUGCGUCAAGUUCGCCAACUCGUUUAUCCCCAAGUUCAUCCAGCACAUUUACAAGUGUAAGCCGGUGAGCACAGUGGGAGCCGAACAGCUUCUGCUGGACACCCACUCACUGAAGACGGAGCUGCUUGACCUGCCCUCUCUCGGCAGCCAGGUGCAACGCAACGCGCCCGCCAGCUACACCAAGAUCGUGGUGAAGGGGAUGACGCGCGCUGAGAUGCUGCUGAAGGUGGUGAUGUCGCCCCACGAGCGUCCCGCAGACUAUGUGGAACAGUACGGCCGGCUGCUGCCAGAGUCCGACGCUGCAGAGUUCCAGAAGGUGCUCGAUAUGAAGGGUGUGCGCCGGGCGGAGCAGAGCCAGCUGCUGGAUGUGUUCCGCAGCAGCCGUCCGGGCGGAGCGGCAGCCGCCACCGCCACCACCGGCAGCCCCGAGCACGAGGCCGGCCGAAUCCACCGGUUAGAGAAACUCAUCAAACGACGAAUGUAGCGAACUGCAGCUGGGACGGGGGGAGGGGUGAUAAUUGGUUGUUGUGUUUUGUGGAUGUGUGAUGUACUGGGGAUGUCACGAAUUAUAUUGCUUUAUUUUUGUUGGUGCACGGUUAAAGUCACGCUUGUUGAAUUCGUUUCCUAGUUUUUGCUGGGAUGUAAUUUAUCAAAGUACCAAUUUAGUUCGCUCAACACAGCUAUUCCAGGGUGUUUAAGACGAACAAAUGGGCCAAUAUAUUGAUAUCUGAUACUGCC